CUCGUUCGAGUCUCCUUGAACAAGUUCCGUUUGGAUUGCAUGUACUUACUCUAUGUACUUUACGUCCUCGGUCACAAUUUGCAGUUAAUACCGGUGACUUUGACAGCGAUAUAAAUAUUCUCAACAAAAACAAAACACCAAAGUCAUGGCGAUCGUGCGCGUUUUAGAAAAUGCUAAAGGAGUUUGCACCGAACUCGGCAACAUCAUAAAGCAGUUAUGCGACGAUUCAUCGGCAGAAAAGUACUUCAAAGUUGGAGUAUCUGGCGGAUCCUUAAUCAAACUUCUCACCGACGCGCUCUUGGAAAAUCCUGACAUUGAUUAUGCCAAGUGGAAGAUAUUUUUUUGCGACGAGCGUCUUGUGCCCGUCGAUGAUAGCGAUUCAACAUAUGGCGCUUACAUUCAGGGAUUUCAGGGUAAAGUGGCAAUUAAACCAGAACAAUUUGUUACUAUAAAGCAAGGUUUAUCAGCUGACGAUGCAGCUAAGGAUUAUACACAACAGAUGGAGCUGUAUUUCACACCCGGAAAACUUCCCGUUUUUGAUUUACUGCUAUUAGGGAUGGGACCAGAUGGACAUACUUGUUCACUAUUUCCGGGCCAUCCCCUGCUUAAAGAGUGUUCAAAAUGGGUAGCCCCAAUUACAGAUUCCCCAAAACCACCACCAUCUAGAGUGACUUUAACAUUUCCUGUUAUUAAUAACGCUAAAGCAUGCGUUUUUGCAAUGACCGGGCAAGGAAAAGCGGAAAUGGUUAAGAGAAUUUUAAAGGACAAAGAACCACUUCCCGCAGCAAUCGUACAGCCCAAACAAGGCAAACUUUUCUGGAUUUUAGAUCAAUCCGCCGCAGAGUUAAUAUAACUUGAGUAGUUUGCACAAAAUUUAUUACGGUUAAGUUUAUGGAAUUUCAUCCUCGUGCAUCGCUUACAUUUCCAUCGAUUAAGUCGAAUGUUUUUACAGGCAAAAACGUUGCUUAAUCGUUAGCUUGUUCACAAAUCAUGGGGUUUUAACAAAUAGCAACGUUUAUAACAGCACCAUUGGUAUACUAGUCUCUAAAUAAAAUAAUUAAUAUAAUUUUUGUAUCACCCAAACGAAAAAUAAAUCUAUUUUCUACAAUUUGA